AUGUGUAUUCAAAGUGGGCAGGUUGAAACUAUGGAUCACCUAUUCCUACAUUGUACCUUUGCCUCCGAGGUUUGGAGUCUCGUCCCUUUGAGAUCACCCUUCUGCUCCUCUGCGUGCCCAUCAGUUAUAAACGCAAUUGAAGACUCUGGACGAUGGGCUCGUCUUCCUCCAACAGGUGUCUCGACGAAUAUCCUCUUCUGGAUCAUGUGGGCUCUAUGGACAACAUGCAAUCAGCUAGUGUUCGAAUCGAGACACCAAUCACCCUUAGCGGUAGUGUCGCGAGCAAUUGCCGGUGCACAAGAAUGGAAGCUAGCCCAAUUUACUUCUGAUCCUCCUAGAACCAUACAAAAGGGAAUAGCUCUCGCGCUGACACCAACGGUACCGCAAGGUACAAUCCUCUGUAAUAGUGAUGCAGCUUGGAAUCAGAACUCUGAAUCGACGGGACUUGGAUAG